CUAGGCACCGCUCCAGGCCCCUCGCUAUAAAAGAUCCGCAGUCCCAGUCUCUGGCACCAGUUGCCCACCACAACACCCGCCAUCAUGAAGUUUGUGCUCCUCGCCGCCAUGGCCGCCGUGGCCGUCGCCGUCCCAAGACCCGACUAUAAGGCCGCCGACAGCAUGGAAAAGAAGGAUGUAGUGCCCAUCAUUCAGGACGACCGUGUCCACGAGGAAGACGGAAGGUACCACAUCGAAGUGAAGACUGGAAACGGAAUCACCAUCUCACAAUCCGGUUCACCUGAGGGAGAUUCAGGAGCGAUCAGCAAGGCUGGAGAAUACUCUUACACCGCCCCUGAUGGCACAAUAGUGAGAAUGAAGUUCGUUGCAAAUGCGAACGGCUUCCAGCCUGAGUCUGACCUGCUGCCAGUGGCCCCCGAGUUCCCCCACCCAAUCCCCCAGUUCGUGCUGGACCAGAUCGCCUUCGCAGCUGCAGAGGACGCUGCCCGCGCCCGCGCUGAGGCCAGUGCGCCUUCCAGUAAAUAUAGUAGCCCAAACUAACUCCUGUGAGACGAUAAACACCCGGUUCUACUGAUCAACAAACACACUCAUGUAUUUAUUGUAUUUAUUAACACAAAAUGAAUAAUAUGCAGAUCGAAUAAAUCUGAUAUAUACAAAAGAA